AAUCGCAGCGCUUGAAAGUCUCAAAAGUGACGGUAUCGGUAUCGAACUUGCCGGCUAUAACACCUUCAUGGCCGUAAAUUCUCUCAAGACGUACGCUUAUCUCAGUAAUCGAAAUUCAUUAUCGUUUCCAGCAGCUUCGUCGUUUCCAGCGUCGCCAUUACGAGCAGCUUUAACUCGGUUAGUCACUGCCUACGCGCGGAUAUCGUACUGAUAGUGCUCGCUCGAGAUAGGGAUUAUUUGUAUUAGUUCAUUCUUCUUGCUGCUCUCCAUUCUGGCUGCAAUUAGCCGAUUUUCGCGAACUGGAACUGAAACUGAAACUGAAACUGUGUGACUAUCAUAAAGCUGAAAUGUAAAUAUCUUCUGUUCGUACAUACAAAGAAAUCGAAUGGCGUGUUCGCGUGUGUUUGAAUGUGUGUUUCAAGUGAAUAUGUGUGCAUAGAGACACAUACAAGCAUACGAGUGCCCAUAUAAGUGACUGUGCAGAAAAAUAGACCGAGAAUGUGGUAUGAACGCGAGUUUAUCCUUAUCUCCGUUAUCAGGCCGAAGUGAGAUUGCGGCAAUUGGUGUUUGUAGUUGUUGUGUUUACUGAAAGUUUUGCAGAUGUACAAAUGUGUUUACGUAGUUCGUCUGAGCAUUGUUCACUCCAUUUGAUUGUAACUUCGCCGCGGACUGCGGUAAGUGAGGCUGAGUUCGUAAUUGAUGCGUAAGUCGAUACGUUGCCAGCGCUCGGAACUUGUAGCCCGCCAGCGUGAACACGUCGUGUGACAGUGACAGUUGAGACGGGGACGUCGACGGCAGCGGUAACAAGUGCAAAAUCGGCAACAGGUUGCCAAUUACGUCUGAGCUGAGGCCAAAAGUGUCACAGUGCUGAGAGUUUACAAGAAACGCAUUUCUUUGACGCGGUGCACAAAUUAAAAAAUUUAAUUUAAUUGAAAAUAUUUCCUUUUAUUUUGUCGUUUGUGAAAGAGUGCGAAGUGAGAAGCAAAAACGGCGUAUUUUUGCGACUUUUUAUCCAUCUUUUAUAUACAUGAAGUUAAAUAAGAUAAUGUGAUAAGAGACAUUUAAUGAAAACUUGUUGUUGAGCGCAGACGCCAGUGUUUCACCAACUAAAUACACAAAACUGCAUGAAUAUCUCUCGGUAAAUGAACAGAACAUCAAAAAUAAAUUAUUAAUGAAAAAUAUAUACCUCAGUCUUCAAUCUACGUAAGUUAUCAGGACACAAGAGCUGGAAGAAAAUAUUAAAAAGAGGUCCCUAGGAAUUAGCUCACACUAAAAGUAAUUUUACACCAAUUUGGAACACAUUCGUCAACUUCUCGUAUAGAGCUGUUUCGAACCAGUAAGAAAAUGGCGCCGCAAACAACAUAUUGGAAAGUGUUAACGCGCCGGAAAGUUUUGCCCAAUGAGGGGACAGAGAGUGAUACGAAGCUGAAUCGUGUGCUCGGCUUGUUCGAUCUGACCGCUUUGGGCGUUGGUUCGACUUUGGGCGCCGGCGUUUAUGUGUUGGCCGGUCAAAUAGCACGCGAUCAAGCGGGCCCCUCAGUGAUGCUGUCCUUCGCCAUCGCAGCACUGGCAUCCUUACUAGCAGGAAUUUGUUAUGCAGAGUUUGGCGCGCGCGUGCCCAAAGCAGGUUCGGCCUAUGUCUACAGCUAUGUUUGCAUUGGCGAGUUCGCCGCCUUCGUCAUUGGUUGGAAUCUGAUGUUAGAGUAUAUUAUUGGCACCGCCAGUGUUUGUCGUGGCAUUAGUCUCUAUUUGGAUACACUGAUCAACGAUACGCUCAAGAACACCUUUGCCGAGAUAGCGCCAAUGAAUGUUAGUUUCCUCGGAAGCUAUUUCGAUUUCUUUGCUUUCGGGCUGGUCAUCGUAUUCGGUGUUGCUUUGGCCUUUGGCGUGGAAACUUCGGCUCUGGCGAAUAAUUUCUGUACUAGUCUCAACAUUUUCAUAUUAUUAUUUGUGAUAAUUUUUGGUGCAAUCAAAGCAAAUUUCGACAACUGGUCGAUUGAUCCUCAAACUGUCAACGCCACCGUCACAACGAGCAACAUAGGCGCCGGUGGUUUCUUUCCAUUUGGCUUUGCAGGCACGCUUAAGGGCGCCGCCACUUGCUUUUUCGGCUUUGUUGGGUUCGACUGCAUCGCAACUACUGGCGAAGAGGUGCGAAAUCCGCGACGCAACAUACCACGCUCCAUUUUACUCUCACUGCUGAUCAUAUUCCUUUGCUAUUUCGGCGUCUCAACAGUACUCACACUGAUGGUGCCGUACUACGAGCAGGAUCCCAACGCACCACUGCCUUUCGCUUUCAAACAAGUCGGCUGGACCUUUGCCAUGUGGGUAGUGGCCAUUGGAGGGCUUAUUGGUUUAUUAGCCAGCUUAUUUGGUGCUUUGUUCCCAUUGCCGCGGGUCAUGUACUCCAUGGCAGAGGAUGGUUUACUCUUUCGAUUUUUGGGAAAGAUCAGUCCACGCUUUCGCGUGCCGGUCGGCGGUUCAAUCUGUGCCGCCAUGUUCACUUCUCUAAUGGCGGGAUUGUUCGACCUACAGCAACUAGUUAGCCUACUGUCAAUAGGCACAUUGCUGGCUUAUAGCGUGGUAGCCAUUUCAAUUACCAUACUUAGGUACAUGGAGUCGGCUGAUUGUUCGGAUUGUGAAAGCGGUAAUCAACCGUUAACCGAAAACUCUAUGCUCACUUCAUCGGGGACACGUGUCACCUCUAAGGCUGUAUUGCAGCAAAUGUUCAAUUUCAAACGCCUGGACACACCCAACUCUCUCUCCACUCGGAUCGUUGGAACUUUGAUUUCAGUAUUUUGUCUCCUUUCAUUAUUUAUCGGUCUAAUAUUCAAAGAAGCUUACGAUGCUUUGCUCGAAAACCAAUUAUGGGUACUUGUUCUACUACCAAUUUUAGUGCUACUCGCCUUACUGACCCUGGUCAUGAUUUGUCUUCAACCACGCGAACCAAUAAUAAAAACUUUCCGCGUUCCCAUAGUUCCGAUUUUACCAGCCAUCAGCGUGUUCAUUAACAUCUACCUAAUGUUGCAGCUGGAUGUGAUGACUUGGAUACGAUUCGGUAUAUGGAUGUUGAUUGGCUUGUCAAUAUACUUUUUCUAUGGACUACCAAAUAGUUUAAGACAGUUAAAGAGGCAGCGUAAUGGUUGGCAAAAAUUGAAAUACAGUAACUCGCUCUAAUCAUAAGUACACCAACAACAAAUUAAUAGUAUCUUCAUGUGUACGAGUAUAUGAAGAAUACGCAUUAAUUAUGUAGAGCUAAUAAAUAUAAAGAAAUAUGUAUUUUUAUACAAUUUUAAUGAAUAGUUAAUGAAAAGAGGUUAGCAGUAAUUUAGUAAUUAAGUAAGUACUAUGUAGCAUAUGCUAAAAUAGAAGCAAAGAAUUGAGCUCUAACUCUAUAUAUUGUACAUGUUAGUAAGGCAUAAGCAGUAUAUAAUAUAACCAGGGCCACACACCAAAGACCACAGAUAACUCCGAUUAUUCGAGAACAAAACUAUACUUUUAUCGAAAAUGUAAAAUUAAAUGUCUAAGCAUUUAAUGAAAACUAGAUUUCUAUUUCUAAUUAAUCAAAUUCAAUUAUUCCUAUCAAAAAUAUAUUUUAACUCAUUGUAAUUUACGAGAAUAAACGACUACGGAAUAUGAAAAAAAGAAAAGUUUUUUUCAAUUUGUUUGGCAACUGAAAGCUUUGUCUAAUUAGACUCUGUGGCUUUUAGUCUUUUGAAUCACACGUAAAACUGGAAUUUGGUCUCACUUAUGGUAGAUUAUGAUAGACAGGCAUACAACUUACCACUCGACAGGCAAUUUUCGACUUUCUUCGUGUGCAUCAACCACAUAAAAAUUUUUUCGAUUUCUCUUAAGACCCCAAUGACCUGGGAUAUCUUACUUGAUGAAUAGAUUUUGCACCACAAAAGUUACAGAAGUUUGGGGUUCUUAACUUCUAUAAGAGUUCACAACAAAUUUGUGUGCAAUUGCGACGAAUUGCUUUCAUUUCGAAAAAAGUGUUGCAUUUGUACAAUCUAAGAACUAUUUAUUAAUCAAUCAUAUUUAUUUACAUAUUUAGGACUAUACUAAGUAAAUUUAGAAACGCGAUAUACAGGAGCUUAAUACUCAUUCUUCUAUAAAUUCUAAAAAUAUUUUAAUACAACGAAUUUGAACAAAUUGGCUUCUGAAGGCUUUGCAUCCACAUUCGAUUCUUCUAUUGCAACGCACUCUGCGGUGGGGUCAGCGGUGUCCAGGUUCCGCUCGUCGUAUGUUGAGUGGCUGUGGCAACGGCAGCUUCGGCCGCAGUUGCAACCACGGCGCCACGUUCGUGACUUGGCGCGACCACACUCUCUAGCGUUUCCAAUUUUACGGCGACGGACGGUGAAUGUUCCUUCAAAUUGGUGCAUUCCAAUGUUAGCACCGAGGUGCCAGCGCCAUCGCUGGUAGCCUGUUGUGGUGACUUGUAAAUGGCGGCCUGCGGAUCUUCGAACGGUUUAGGAACUUCGACGGGUUCUAGCGGAUGUGUGGUGUAGCUGCUGGUGCAUAAGACAAAUCGGUGGAAGGCGAGGAUGUGAGGUUAUGGGUGGGUGGGGAGGAGGAUAUCAAUAAAAACUACAUUCAAUGAAAUUAGUUCAAAAUCGAGGUAAUAGCUGUUUUCUUUUCUAUUUUGAAUUUUUCAUUUGGAAAGUACUAUUCAUGAAAGUUCUUGCUUUGAAAUCAUAUGGAUCUCUCCUAAUGUGCGGUACUUUUCAAAGGGUAAAAUUCGAAAUAUUUGAGCGUUUAUGCGUUAUAGGCGAUAAUGAACUUACCCUAAAUCCGAGACUAACGGUAUAUAUUCCGGCUGGUAGCCAUAGGCCGCAUUCUGAUAUAAGCCAUAGUCCGCUCCACCGCCAUUAUGCCACGAGCUGCCGGCAUAGCUCAAUGCCGUUGGUGCAUUCAGCACGUUUGUAUACAACUGAUGGGGUGGUGAUGUGGGCGUGGGAUGAUAGACCUGAUGUGUUGGCGGUGCGGCGUACGACUGUGUAGGCGCGGCGCUUUGAUACAUAUCCGCGGCAUGUGCCGCUGCCGCCGCCGUUUGUGCAACAUUGUACUGAUGAGAGGGAUGCGAAGUGAGAUGGUGAAUGGUGUAACCAGGCGACGGGCUCGUGUAGUUGGGUGAACCACCGUUGGUAGGAGAUGGUGAAUUAUGUGCAGCUUAAUGAAUGAAAAAAAAGUAAACACCUGUUAAAUAUUCGUCUUAUGCAUAACCAAUGCAUUACUACUCACACAUCGAUCGGGCAACACUGCCGCUGCCGUUGCUGUUGUUUUGAGUGACAUUCACCGGCACGGCUGUGGGAGGCACAGCUGGCACCGCCGACGGUGUUCCCCAGUAACCGCUAUUGCUUUGCCAACUGCCAGCAUAUGAGAACAUCGAAGAGCUCGGCUCCACCGGCAUAAAACUAGACUGCGUAUAGGAACUGGUAAAUCCCGGAAACGAACUGACGGCAUUUGCGGAGCUAGUCAAGCCCGCAUUGCUGGCACCAGCACCCAUGUUGGUGGUGUGUGUGGACUGCAUGCUAGUCGGUGUGUGCGGAGCCGAUGGUGGCUGCUGUGGCGGCGAUGCACUGCCAGUGCUGCCAUUAAUCACGCCCGCACCCACCGGACCCGGGGAGCUCGUGCCAGGUGUGCUCGAGGCUAGACGCGGACGUGCGUAUGGUGAGACGCGUGUACUAUGUGUGGCCAUGCCGCGGGUGUUGAGCGCGCGUCCAUAGCGAUCACAACUCAUACCCAAUGACGAGUUCGACACCGCCAAGCUUGGUGGCGGGGGGGGAGGUGCCUGCGCAACGCUGGUGUAAUGGGUUGGGGGCGGUAUUAGCCAACCGUAUGGUGCCUCAUGUGAAUACAAUGUAUCGGGACGCUCCUUUGUGCAAGAUCGUGUGUUUUUGUUAGAAAAUUAUAAUUAUCAACCGGCAAUGUGACAUUGAACUCACCUUGGCAUCCAGAAAAGCCUUUGCAAAUGGAUUGUAUUUGAUUUUCAAUGAAGUAACCUCUUCAUUUUGAUAAGCGGUAACAGCAAUGAACUGUGUCUCUGGAAACGCAUAUGUGACCACGUGACGCUGCUCGGAACCCACGCGUACCAAAUGCACACGCGGCUCGUACUUGUGCAACGAAUUCAACAUAAUCUGUCCAUUCCCAUUGGUUUUGUUCGUUAAUUUCACCUUGGCAAACGAAAUGGGCUCCUUCAUCCAGUGUGCUCCGAAGUUCGGUGACUCGGGAUGCACAUAGAUGGGGUUUGCGGGUGGGACCUCUGCCUUGCCGCCGGGUACCUGAAGAAAAUCCGCAUGACACUGCAUAAAUUAUAAUUUGAAAUCAGAUUGUAUUUUAGUAGCUGGACUCACCCACUCGCCGUUGACAUACUUCCAGCGAUGUGUGUCCACCUGCACGAACUCUAGCAAAACCGUAUACAUGGCAGCUGGAUCCAGACCGGAAGUGCUAAUCUUCACCACCGGAAACAUGCGCCUGAAAGAGUAAGUACAUGUUUGAGAAUAGAGUCUCAAUCCAUUUCAAUUCCCCUCUCCCCCUUUUUGUUUUUCAAACAAAAAUUUUCCAGCUGGUUACUCGCAAGUCAGCCCUAUUCGUUUCGUUCAAUAAUUAAACUAGAUUUAUUUUUACAAAUUCUAUUUGUAAAAGUUAGAUGAUGAAUAUCGCACCUCGUGCAAAACGUUAACUGUUAAUUAGGAGCAUCGUAAAACUUAUUUUUUUUCAUAUCCAAACAAAUAAAUGGAAAAACAGCCAAACUAUAAUGAAACUAUAUUAUCGAACUCAUUGCCAAUUAACGCGUAGCAAUAGCACAGGAGUGUACGCGUGCUAUAUGUAUUUACUACAACAAAAACCACAGCGAUAAAUGUUUACCAUUUUAACACAACAAUUUUGUGAAGUAAUGCUGAGUAAUCCAAAAACUCUCUCUCUACUCUGUGACCAACUCACCUGCCAUUCUUCGUAACGAUCAUCUCGUUGGUGAGAUUCUGAAAGCGCAGCCACAAUUCACGGUCAUCGAGACUGACAUGCAGAUUCCUCUCCAUGCCCGGGCUGCGGUUCGCCGCAAGCGAUCCUCCGAGUUGGUUCAUGCUGCCGCCCAUGCCGCUGGCGACCCCAGCAUUGACCCCGUUGCCGCCGCCACUGCUGUUGACAGUCAUGUUAUGAUGCGUGUGAUGCGGUGAAUGUGCCUCCGAAUGGCCGCCGUUGGUGUUGUUUGUGCCAUUGUGAAGUGUGCUCCCAACUCCACCGUUGUCUGCCAUGUUAUUGGUGUUGUUAUUGCUAUUACUAUGGUUUCCAGAACCGUUCAUGCCAGAAGGAUCGGCUGCUGAUAAAAUAUGAGAAGUGGUCAUUGUGUCUGAAAAAUAAGUACAAGUUAGAUCUUUAGUCAAUUUGGUCGAGAUUCAUCAGGUAAGAGUUAAACACAUAAUUUCCGAUAACAACAGCUAUAUUGAUUUUUAACAACGGACCUUCAAAGACGUUCAAAUGAACAGAUAUUAUAAAAAACAACAAUUCUUCCAGUUGACAAUUGUUGUCUCCGUUAUGAUGCUUUAACACUUUAAGAAAUAUCUGUUGAAUAUGUGUGAUAUAUAACCUCGACUUAUUCGACUCGGCAGUAUUCUAAUUAGUCGGAGCUACAAAGCGGAGCAUUGAUAUUAAAAUACAAAACACUUUGUCAAGCUUCAAAAUCAAAAUUUUAUUAUUUUAUAACAUUAAUUUAUCAUAAGUAUUAAAACUAAUAAACGUAAAAGCAGACGUAAGGGAGGCAAAAAUGAGACCACUACAGAUCAGAUCAAACCGAAGCAAGCAAAAGCGCUGUGACUUUGGUGAUAAAAGUUUUCAAAUUACUUUGAUUGAAGGUUAAGCUGAUUGAUUACAAUAGCAUUUUCGGUUUCAACAACUUCAAAUUGAUGCGAGCAUUACAAUGCCCAUGACUUCAUUAUGCAACAUUUCAUUUAUUCACACACACACUCGCCCGAACGAAUGGACUAUGAAAGUAUAAAGAUAUUCAUAUAAAUUUUUUAAGGUCCGUGGUGUAUGGACGCACUUGUAUGGAUCCGAAAACGUUUGUCGGCUUUUGAGUUUUAUUGCAUGCACUGGCCGGCCCUUCAAGCUCUGAGAACCGCAGCAGAAGGUGCACCACGAAAUGCCGGCGGCUGCCGCGAUAACAAAGAACAAUACGCUCGCAGUUGUUGUUGCUACGCGUCGAAUGACCACUAAGAUGGCACGUUAUAAAAGGAGCACUUAUGUUCACAAAAAAAAAAAAAAAACAAAAAAAAAUAUUCUUCCCACAACACAAUCAAUCAGACCUUUAUAAGCAUUUGCGUCGGCCAUUUAUGAUGCCUACGUUGGUGUUGUUGUUGUUGCUGCCAUUUCAUUAAUGUAACUUCUUUUUUAUUUGAACUCCGCCUGCCUUCUUCCAGCUGCAUGGCUGUAGAAGCUGCUGCUGCUGCUGCCGCCGCCCUCAGUUGCCCAUGGUGCUUGGAAGUGGCCCGAACGAACGGCUGCUCUGCAUACCAAAAUACCAAAGUGAUGUCUAAAUCUUUUUCUGCAUUCACGGCACUCAACACGACUUGGGCACUGCUUUCAGCAGACAGUCGAUGACGAACUGCCGCAAAUGUCAUAAAUUAACAAAAUGUAUUAAUAGUUUUGUUUAUUUUUAUGAUCGUCCAAAUUGGUGCUUUGCCGACAUUUUAUUGAUGCUUCUGUUAUUGUUUUUGCAGUUGUUGGUGUUGUUAUUGGUGUGCUGCCGCUGGACACUCCGUAGCGCUGCUUGAUUUUAUCACGCCGAGAGCAUGUAGAUAUGUACUUUCGUGUUGUUGUAGUCAACGCUUCCCGUUGGACAAACGAUUUUUAUUUGAUUUUAUGGCACCUUUUUGUUUUUAUUUCUUCAUUUUAUAUUUGUAUUGAUACUGAUUGAAUUGUUUUUGACGUUUUUUAUUCUUGAAUUAUGGAAUACGUUUGCUUAAAGGUACUUUGUAGAAAAGACGCUUGCUUACUUCAUCUAUUCUCAGGCAUCAUGCAGGCGGGGGCUAACCAUUUCAGCUACUUUUGCAGGUCCACACAUUUACUCGUCCGUGUAGUUCUCGGAAUUCGUACAAGGCACUGGCGCACAAAUCGUGAGUUUCAAUUUUGUACCGUAACUAGUUUUAACUUGAGCAGCCGAGUUUGUGGCGGUAGUACGCGGUGCAAGCCAAAUAGAAGAGGCGAUAAAAGACGUUUGAUUGAGUAGGAGAUGAUCAAACAAAAGACUUAAGCGACGAACUUGUCACGCUUGUGACUAUUUAGACAGUACUUCUUCUGCUACUAAAUUCAGUGGCUUUCUCUUAAUAAAUUUGGACUUUUACGUUAUUGAGUUCAGCUAAUAAAAAUAGUGAGUAACAGAAUGCAUCAGUUACCAAAAGUAUUUUGAUAUAUAUUUUUAGAUUUGCAUUGGUAGAUAUAAGCAAGGCUUGGAAUGCUUUCGAAGUUGCUUUCAAAUAUAUAUUUUACUCUUUUCGAUAAGGCAACCAACUAAGUUUUCUUGUACUUUUAUUGAAGCUAAUGCAUUACUUUACACAUUAUAAGUACAAACGAUUUGUCUAUUUACAAAGUCUACACAUAUUAUAUACAUAUACAUACAUAUACACGAGUAUAUUCACGCAUAACCGAGCCUGGCAACAAGGCAAAUGUAAAUGUUUGCUCUCACCGUUGGAAAUAGGCACAAAACAAAAAGAAGAAUAGAGUAAAUAUAAAUACAAAAAUAAAGUGAAUGAAAACAAACAACAAUGGAGUACCAUAUGACCGCCAUAUUGGUGUGGCAUCUACCUUCUUCCAUAAGCAAAUAGAAAUGUAUGCGAGUCUGAGUGUGUGUGUGUGUGUGUAUGUAUGCGCAGCAUGAUCUCUCGACUUACUUGUAUUUUAUUUACUUAAUGAAACUUUUAACAUUUUCCUACUCCGUUUGCAUGUAUCACAUGCUGCUACGCCUCAUCGCCUCCUCACCUCCAUCACCGCUUAAUAGCAUGUUUGUGCGCUAUUCGAAAUUCAUUUGAACAAUUUAAAAUUUUAAUACAAUAUUUACACUAAAAUCGAGCCAAUACAAAAAGCCACAAACAGACUUAUGUACUACAUGUAGAUGUUUAUACAUGUGCAUGUAUGGAUGUGUGUAGACACUGAAUGGAAGACUCACAAAAUGGUCGAAAGCCUUUUGACUUGCUCGCAUUAUUUGCACACUUUAACUGGAUGGAUGAUAGUCUAAGGAAUAAAAAGUGGGCUUAUUUAAGCUCAAAAGGUAAAACCUCCACAUAUUUUAAGUUAAGAUUAUUUUCAAAAGUUUAGUUGUAAGUGUGUAUAAAUGCAAUAUGUAUGUAAGCUGGAUAUCACAAAAUUUCUUCGUUUCGAAGUUGUUGUUAUCCGAUGAUACGGUUAUUUAUCGCAUAUUUCACUUAAUAUGAGCCAGUUUCUGCUGUGAGGUAUAUAAAAAUCAACACUUCGGUUGCCAUAAAAUGAAAGUGUGUAGUUAAAAACAAUAAAAGUUUAAAUAUAUUAAAUUACAUUUCGUGCAGCACGUGUACAUCGAGUUCACUUACAUCUACACUUAAUUAAUUGUUGAUUUUGAUUAGCACCUUUGAUUCUAACAGAUCGACAUGCGCUCACUUGGUUAGCAAAAAACAAAUUAUUUUAUAAAUAUUUUGAAGAUGCCGAACAAAAUAACUUUUAUGUUUAAAUUUUUUUUCUCUUUUUGUUCUUGAACUUAUUCUUAUACUCGAUCCACACUUGAACUAUUAAUAGUUAUGCAUAAAAAUGCUUUAAUCACAAUCGCGUAUGUCACAGUGUUUACUUUUAUCAUUGUUAUGAUUAUCAGCUUAUCAGCCGGCUUUGUUAUUUCACGUGCUGCGACAUUUUGUUCAUAUUUACAUUGUUGUUUCCGUUGGUAUGUGAAUUAAAUGAAAUUGUCAAAUUUCACACUUUCAACGCGAUUAACCACCGGCACUGCCCCAAUCGCAUACAACUUCCGUCGCCAAGCUGCUAAUCAUCGCUUCCAAUUCCAAUUAGCUUGAAUGGUCCGGCUGCCCGGCAGUCAGCAGACAAAAAAUUUGCCAACACAAGCGCUAACGCCCACACAUCGGAUCUGUGAGCUUUUAAGUGUACAUGUGUUUCAAAAGGAGUUUCACACUGGCACGCCAAAGUCAUCAUCAGUCUAAAUAAUUUCCGAGCUCUUUAAUCGUGUGCCAUUCACACACAAAAUCGAAGGCCAGGGUGGAAGGGUGCGCACCGAUGUCCAAACUAACUGUUAUGAUAAACAAAUCGCAUAGUAUUUCCUUUGGCAGAUUCAGCUAAUUGCCGAACGCACUUUUCAUAGCCAAUGAACCCGAUGGACGGCUCCAAACCAGCCCCUUUACCGUCAGUUACUAAAACUUUGUACAAACUGCAAUUAAUUAGUAUCCAUUUGUCAAGUAUGUACGCGCCGUCUUUAUGGUCGGCAGUGACAUAGCGGAUCAGCGGCUUUCCCUCCGCCAAAGCUGCGUCGCCGUGUGGUGGUGAAUCCCUUAAACACACACUUCUGCUUUUUGGCGACUCUUUCGUGUACAUAUACAUACUUAUAUAUUACUAUAACAUGGAAACACAUACACACACAUAUACUGGUAUACAUACUGACGACCAGCUUUAUUUAAUAGGAUAAUUUUCACAUUGGUCGUAAUUACUUUGCUGGCUGAAUAUAGCGAACUUGGCCUUUCUUCCUCGGCUUCUCGCACUUUUUAUUAACGUGUUAUAAUUUUUUUCGUCGUCGUUAACUGUUGUUGUUGUUGGCUUGUUGUACGAUUAUUGUUCGGUUAUUGUAUUUGCCAUUGUAUACAAUUGAUUAGUGUCAGCUUAUUAAAAUACCAUUUUUUGUCAUUUAACAUGCGGUUAUUUGCUCUUGUCUGCGACAAGCUGGCAAAUUUUUAUAACUUUACUAAUUUGCGUGUGAAAAUCUCAAACUAGACACAGCGGCAGCGCCUAGGCCAAUAUUGCGCUUUUAAUAUAUUGUGAUCUUAUGCGAACUGGAGAAAAGAAAAUGAACAGAUUCACAAAGAUAAGAAUCUGCGCAUCUAGAACUGUAUAGUAUCAUACAAAAACGCCUUAAAAAACCAAGACGCCUGCUUCUUUGAUAAGGAUAUGUAGAAACGUUGCUGCUGUUAAGAUGUUUUCUUAGUUCAAAUGCUCAAACUGAACCUACUUAUCGCAGAUGAUGGCUUUAGAACACAAAUUGUGCCACAAAGAGUAUAUGUAUAAGAAGCUGGAGAACCUAGCUAUUCUGCUGACCCAAAAAUGUAUACAACCAAGAUGAAAGUGAUACGAACUGACCAACCAAUUUAAUAAAAAAAAUCAUGAACAACAAAAAAAUGUUGGAACUUUUCAUAAAUAAGAAUUACAGUAACGAGUUCGACGCUUGAGAAUUCUUAUAUAAGCUUUUCGCAAUGUGUAUCAAAAUGUGGACUAAAAAGAUUGGUUUGCUUAAACUUACCAAAAAAAAUGUGCUUGAACAAUCGUACGCCCUUUUGCUUCCUCCACCCCAAAGGAAUAUCAGACGUCCUCUCUAAAGUUGUAUAUCCUGGUUAUUAUUCAGCAAAAACUAUAUUUUGUACACACUUUCUAAUAAAUAUGAGAAAACACUCGUCACUUAUUUCACCUGAUUUACUGUAUACGGUUAAGUACUUUCUUAUUUGGUCAAUAAAUAUUCUUUCAGAGUACUUUCAGUAACUUCACCACGCUUGUUUCUAUUGUUUUGUAUAUAAUUCGGCUGUUUUUCGAUGUCGUCUUUUUGUGUGCCUAUUUAGCUCAUUUUGAUCACUUUGCGGUCACCUUUGCGUUCGCGAUCGCAUUCGCGUUAUUCGCACAACUUUUUUUUCGGACUUCACACCCGUUUGCGCACUACCAAGCUAAUGAUCGGUGCUAAUUUUUUCAGCCAUCACAAACGUCCGUCUUCAGCGUUUCAGAUACAAUCGUUGUCGUUAGCUGAUCGGUCGGUCGGUCAAAUGUCCAUUCGGUUGUCGUCGCCUCUAUGUGUAUUUGUUGUCAUUUGUAUAGACUACUUUUGAUUUUUGUUUUUGUUGUUAUUCUUCAUAUUGAUAUUCACAUACAACAUACAGCACACUUUGUUUUUCUGCUAUCUUUCCUUCUUUGGCAUCAGCAUGCUAGGCUUGAAGCCCACCCUUUCGCUUGAGCAGCCAGCUCAGUCGCACACAUUGACGUUCCCACUCACACUUGCUGCAAGCGUUGCUCAGAGCCACACCUUCAUUGCACAAACAGCCAUGUUCAGCAGGUCAGAGCGUCCACCGGCGUACCUGUUUCGAAUGCUCGGCGCUGGACAACCUCACUUACGGUACCCGCACACCAGAGCAAAACGUAAAACGCUCACAUGUGGACGUCGCUGUGAAUGUGCGUGCGCUCAUUGGGCUGCAGUUGUUUGUAUCGCGACUUUUGUUGAUUUGUCAGAUUCAUCAAGCAGAGAUCAAUCACCAUUCGGGAGCUUUGAUAUCUUGUCAUCCCAUAUUGAUAUGGCAACUAAUUUUUUCGGCUCAGCGAUAGAAAUUGUUUUGAAUGUUUUGAACUUAGAGAAUUAGUGAUUAACAUCAAGUUUAGAGAAGGACUCAUGUUUGUCCAUCUUUAUUAAAAAGAAUAUCUUCAAGAUUAUACUUAAAUAAUGCUUUUUAUUCGCUACUUGUUGCCUUUCUUGGAAUGAGAGAUUCCCCAAUAUUAGUCUUAUCUCUUCUCACCACGCUCAAUUCAUGAUUUAUGUCAAUCUAAAUCAAAAGUACUGUGGCUGGACAUUUUUUCGCCCUUGGGACUCCACGGAUGUCCAUCCAUGUGAGGAUCCAUUGAAAAUAAUAAUAAUAUAUAUAAAUAUUUUUUUGGAGUCAAGAAUAUAUUCGAGUUCUACCUCUGUUGGGUAUUAGAAGAGAUCAGAAAGGAGGCUUGGAAGGUUUUCCAAGGAGCCAACUUUUCAAUUUUUUAAAGCAAGGUUUAAUCCUUCCAUAUUCAAUUCUUACUUACAAUAACACAACAGUUAUGGAUUGUUUUUUUUUGUGUAUUUAUUUCGUGUUGCCAUAUUUUUAAUAGCUUUGCUUGUUAAAGACCAAUGCAAUCCCCUCACAUCUAACUCUAAGAGGUGCCCACCAAAAUGCUGCAGCAUCGUAUUUAUAAACAUUAAUAUUUGUACAUGGCGAUCUGUGUACGCAGAUACAGCUAUUCAGCAGUCAACUCAUUGUUGAUUCAUUCGCACACAUACAUACACACACUUAUGUGCAAGAAUAUAAACAUUUUCUGUCCAUUUAUGAAUUUGUUGAUUUUUCUCAUUGGCACAUUAUUUGGUACGUUUUACAGCGCCUUCUACAAAUCUUAAAAUCCGAAAGUUAGACAUGGAGGCCUGAGGAUCUCGCUGCACAAGUGGAUACACAUUCAAUUCAUGGGCUUGCGAGACAGUUUUUAAAUGCAGUGGUAAAGAGCAAGUUAUAGUGAAACGGAUUCUACCAGAAAUUAUGGAAAUAAUUUUCAGUUCUUAUAAAAACCCUCUGUCUAGGAGACAGCUAUGCUCCCUUUCAUUCGAAUUCGAAGACAAAAAAGAAUUCUUAAAUAAAAUUAUUUAAUGUAUUUCGACGAUUUAAAGGGUUUAUUUCGUUACAGCAUUAUUCGUGCUUCAAGAAACUUCUUGAACCUUCUAUCAGCUGGAGGAAGUGUGGUAGACCCACAGUUAGCGAAUUGAAACAUCAAACUAUGUUUGGUGACCAAAGCAAGCUCUCUGUAUCGGAAGGCUGAUUACUUAUCCCUCGUAAAAUGAUUUCUUUUAAUAAGCCCAGGAUCGCUUCUUGAUUUUGGUGUGGUGGAUGAUUUACCGAAAUCCUUUCUGUUAUGCAAAUAUUUACUGAUUAGAUUAAAGGAAAUGCACAAAUGUUCCGACCGAAGCGAAAUGAGAGCACCUUUAUGUGCAACAUGUCCAAGGUCAAAUGCGAAAUUACUACAAACAAAGCGCUGAAGCAAUUAAGCCGCACAAUUAUACACGCUUUGCACACAGCUACCUGCCUUCGCUCGAUUUUUAUAUAUAUGUGUGUGUGAGUGUGUGGUGUAGUUACAAUUCAAUCGAAAUAGACGCAUUCCCAUAAAUCACCAAUUUCUCAGUGUUUGUUUCAGAACAUUUGUUGUUUUAAUAUAUUUUGUUUCUUUAAAUAUUUUCUAGAUCAUUUGCUCAACCCUUGUACUAACCCAUGCCCACGUUUGAAUCAUUCAACGUCCGCUGAAAAGUGUAGUGAGCAAACCUACAUUCUUUCUCUAUCCUUUGCCUAACCCAAAGAAUAGCCACUAACCCUUUCGGGCACUAAACGCGUUCGGCCUCCCUUCUAAUGACAGCUCCUUAAUUAGUCUGAGGUUAUUAACACAUAAACAUCCACAGAAUGUGCAGAAAGUGUAAACAAUAAAAAAACAAUAAAUUAUCAUAUGAAAAGAGAUAAAUGCGUGGAAUAGCCACCGGUCUAUGCGUGGCCGAGCCGACAGCCGAAACAAUGCAGCAAUGAAGCGGCGGAAAAACCCAAGGCACAGCGGGUACGGAAAACGGUAGCAGUGCUGUGAUGUAAUACUUUCGGAGCAGGAAAUGUCUAUUCGAGUAUUGUAUGGCUCGAUUAUGUUUGUGUGGCUGAGUACAGAAGACUUAAAACACGAACCCGCUGUCUUUCACAAAUAACGCCGUUUCUUCAAUAAUGACCACUUUCUUCAUCUGGCAAACAUAAAGACUCUUUGUUUUGUGUAAUUUGAACUAGAACCCUGCUAAUCGCUAACUGUGUUUCAGUCCAUAUUCAAUUAAAUUCGUAUUUUUAUAAAUUUCGAAACUUAAAUGUUUAAAAGCAGCAACUGCGUACAUAUUUAUGAUAUCUCUAAUGAUAUCGAAAAUAAGGUGAACACCCUGUAUAGCAGCGCUCCAUCGUUCGCCGCUAUUUCCCAUUCAUUUUGUUGCCGCUUGCACACUGUUCCACUGUCUGUUCAGCGUAAAUGUUUAGCCAAUAUUUACCCUCCUCAUCUAUUGUGUAGGGAAACGUCUGUAUGUACGAGUAUGUAUGGCCAGUUUCCACGUAUGAAUACAUUCAUGCGCACGAUUUUAACUAUCGGUGCACGGCGAAAUAUGCAUGCGCUUUGAUUUGUUAUUUGGUUUGCUUAAUGUUACAUACCUGUUGGCUUAUUGUUCACGCUCUGCUUGUGUGCGACCAACUAAAAUAGCCAAGUUGGUAAAAUGGUAAAAUGGCUGCGGUGCAACUCGUGCUCAGUGCGAAUGUAAGGAAAACUAAAACCAUUACUAAUCAUCGUUCAAAGCGAAUGGCCGCCGUCAAUAUGUUUUCUCGGUGACGGCGAGGGCAACGCUUAACUUGGUCUAGAUGUUGGUCUAGAUGUUUGCGCCCAGCGCAGUUUGUGUGUUUAUGGAAAUUUUCGAAGGGUUUUCAAAUGCGUUGACUACGAUCGUUACUGCGAUACAUAAAUACUCGAGCUGCUGUACAUGAUUAUUUAUAAGAAAAUAAUUUGAAAUUACUCAAGUUCUUUGCUUAGAAUUGUGGCAGUUAAUUUGUAUAUAAAUUUUCAUAUAUAAUCAGGAUAUUCGCAGAACCUUUUCAGUGAUGUUUGCUGUUAUAACUUUUUGAAGAGAUCUUGAAUCAAAGAUUAACAUGCAUUGAGAGCUCUAACAAGUGUAUAGAAGAAGAAGCGUUUCCUUUGCCUCGCACUCUUAUGGCUUCGUUGCUCGUGUUUUGACAAUGCUGAACUUUCUCUGUGAUUUUGAUAUAUCGCAGAGUUUUGUACCCACGAUACAUACAUACUUAGAUAUUACCAAACAAAAAUAAAAUUAUAUUUUAGUAAGUAGGUAAUGUACUCUAUUUAUUUCAUUUAUCUGUGUCUGUGUGUAUAUAUAUUCAAUUAUAGUAACAAUCCGUUUAAACCCAACAAUAUACAACAGUAUUUACAAUAAAAAUGCAUCGCCUAUGGAAUGAUAUUUCAAUGCAACUCCUCGCAUAUGGAAAAUCUCUGGCAUAUGUCUAUUGGCCAAAUUAUGUUCCGAUAAAGCAUAAAGCUUAGUUUUUAUCGAUAUUUGCCGUCUGACCCUUUGUGGCGGCACGAUCAAGCCGAGCGUUGGCACAAUGACAAAGCAUUAAAAUUGAUUUGAUAAAAAAAGCUAAAAGCUUAUAACGGUACACAGUUAUGUUUUUUUGGUAUUUGGUAUUUAAUAUGCUCAAGGUACAUAUUUCUAUAUCGCAUUUUAGCAUAUACAUAUUGAUAUGCCUUUUUAAGCAUUUAUAUAUGUAUAUAAGUUUUUUUUUUCCAAAAACUCGGCAGCAACAAAUUUUAUAAUUUUCAAGGAGAUGUCUUCCAUUUAAUUCGCUUCAUCAGGCUUUUAGUAGACAU